AACAGUCUGAGGUGGAGGGCGCUCGCUCAAUGCCUCCAUUCAUAGCCGCGUGUGGAUGUGCCUGAGACCCCCGGACGCCCCCACCUCCCUUCUCGGGAGCGCGCAGGAGCGGGAGACCACAGGCGGGUGCGCGCUCCGUGUCAACAUGGCGACGCCGUGAGGUUGUUUCUCGGGGAGUCAUUUGGCUAUUUGAACAGAGCGGAGCGGCGACGUGAUAUCUGAUGAAUGAAGAGCGGCUCGGCAUGAGUAGACAAGAAGGCUGCAGCUGAGAGGCUUCUCUAUGACCCAGGAGGCCCUUCCAGGACCUUCCUACCAGUGGCCGGAGCAAGCGUGGCUACCUAGAUCCAAAGUGACUGAUCCUAUCCUAAAUGGUACUGCUUUUCCGACUACAAGGCACAAGGAUAUAUUGUCUGGCCUGCUGUGAUAGGUGUAAGGAGUUCAAGUCACAAAACAACACUAUCCCAAAAAGCAUAAAUUACGUCAUCCGUUAUGAAGACUACUGCGAAAAGGACAAAAGAACAGUUUAACUGGGAUGAAUACUUGAAGGAGACUGGUGCUGUUGGUGCUCCUGCGCUUUAUUUUAGACAGUCUAGGACUCCACCCACCAAUGAAUUUAAAGUUGGUAUGAAAGUGGAAGCUCAUGAUCCUCGAAAUGUUACCUCUGUUUGUAUAGCCACGGUCAUUGGAAUCUCAGGAGGUCGGUUACGUUUACGACUGGAUGGCAGUGAUGAUAAAAAUGACUUCUGGAGGCUGGUGGAUGCCUCUGACAUCCAGCAAAUUGGCACAUGUGAGAAGAAGGGAGAUAUGCUCCAGCCACCUUUGGGAUUCCGGAUGAAUGCCUCUUCUUGGCCAAUGUUUCUUUUAAGAACACUAAAUGGAGCAGAGAUGGCACCAGCAUCCUACUUUAAAAAGGAGCCACAAAAGCCAUCCCAGAACUUCUUUAAACCUGGAUUAAAACUGGAAGCUGUGGACAAGAAAAAUCCUUUUUUGAUAUGUCCAGCUACAGUAGGUGAAGUAAAGGGAGAUGAAAUCUUUAUAACGUUUGAUGGAUGGAGAGGAGCAUUUGAUUACUGGUGCAGAUAUGACUCCCGUGACAUCUUUCCAGUUGGAUGGUGCAGUAUAACUGGCGAUUCUCUGCAGCCUCCUGGAAACUAUGUUUCAUUUUCCAAGAACCCAAGUGCCUCAGCAUCACCUGUAAAGACUAUCAGACGGUCCAUGCAGUCCCCUCAGAAGCCUGGGCUGGCCCAGAAAGGAAGGAAGCCUAUGCGCGACAAGCCUCUUGAAGAAGCCCCUAGCCCGUCAAGAAAAGGCAAGCGUACAAAAAACACCACAUUGGCAAGAAAUGUGCUAAAUACUGAUAACCUUAAAAGGAAAAGGGGAUUAAAACCAGGAAGAAAGAAAGAAAGCCUGCCAUUGAAUCAAAUUCUUCCUGCAACUGAAUCUAAUGGAGACAUCAGUACAUCCCAAAUGAUUAAAGAUGCUGUGAACGUUAUAAAUUCCAUAGCCGUAAUUUCAACAGUUUGUGUUUAUGUGAACAAACAUGGCAAUUGUGGACCUCAUCUAGAUAAGAAGAAAGUUUUACAACUUCCUGAUCACUUUGGACCUGGCCCAGUGAAUCUAGUGCUGCAACAGGCAGUGCAAGCCUGUGUAGACUGUGCACACCAUUGUAAAGUAGUGUUUGGCUUUCUGAAGUCUGGUCACCAUGGAGGGGAGAUUAUAACUGCAUCUUUUGAUGGAGAGAAACACUCUGUUCAUCUGCCACCAGUCAACAGUGCGUCAUUUGUAUUGCGAUUUUUGGAAAAACUAUGUCACAGCUUGCAGUGUGAUAACCUGUUCAGUAGCCAGCCAUUCAGCCCAUACAUGGGUUCACUGCAUGGUCCAGCAGACUAUGACAGAAACAAAGCCUGCAAGAACCCACUUUCAGGAGCUAAAGAAGAGAUUGCAGAUAGAAGCAACAAAAGAUUUCAGCAAGACCCCCCUCAAUACUCUGCACCCCUUUCCCCAAAGCUGCCCAGGACAGAAUCAUCUCAUCUAUCAGAAGCUGAAACGUUGCCAUUGGAGGAAAAUGAUACUCCUAAAGAUCCAAGGUACUCAGAGGAGUCCAUGGAUUCUGCUCUCAACUCAGUCAACCCUCACAGUCCGUCCCCUCGAAACUCAGAGUAUCGACCAGGGGGAAACACGCCAUCAUUUUAUAGGACCUCGCUGCAGCCUGUGACUCCUACCUCAAAUAGUGCGCCUCUGAUACGUAGAUCAUCUUCUAGCUCGGCAGGAAACAGCUGUUACUAUGAUACUAGCAGGAACCGGAUACACAGGAGGAUAGAAGCUGCAAGUUCAACCACUGGACCAGAGCUUUGCUCUUCUGAAAGGGAAUCCUCAAGAACACAGAGCAAAGAUCCAUCCACAUGGUCUGUGGAUGAUGUUAUACGCUAUGUAAAAGAAGCGGAUCCGCAAGCGUUGGCUCCUCAUGCUGAACUCUUCCGGAGACAUGAAAUUGAUGGCUCUGCAUUCCUCUUACUUCGGAGUGAUAUGAUUAUGAAGUACAUGGGUCUGAAACUUGGUCCAGCCUUGAAGCUAUGCUAUCAUAUUGAAAAACUUAAACAAGGAAAGUAAUGACAGACUCGGCACACAAACAGCACUUGUUCAUUGGAUUUACCUCAAAGUUUGCUCUACCUAUCAUCUCUAGGACAAAGCUUACAAAUGCUAAACAUACCUCCUGUGGAUAUUUAGUGUCUAAAGUAUUUUUGCUCUACACUUCAAUAUUCAUUUUGCGGUGCUUGUAAAUUGUCAAGAAGAGACCUCUCUGAAUUUGUGAGUACUCAACGAUGCAAACCAUUUGCUGAUAGAUUUUUUUUUCCUGAGUUAUUUUUUUUUAUUUUUUUACCAAAUUGCUAAAUCCCAAAGCAGCAUGCAUUGUGGAGGUGAAUGAAAAGAAAAACUACAGAUGCAAUGUUUCAGAAGGCGUCGCUUGACUUUAUGCCUCACAAAACAUAAUUUGCUUUGCAGGUUAAUAUUGUGUGAUGAGGGGUACCUAAAUUAAUUCCUGAGAACAGACCUUACAGUCCAGAACCAUACUAGAAGCCCGUUAUGGAUACCAUAUGGGAUUACAGUUCUGAUGUAACAUUAAUUUUAUUUAUUCGUUUGUUUUCAAGAGGUAGAUCCUCUGCUUACUGUGUAUGUUAUAAGUGUACUAUGUUAUUUUAGUUAGUGUGUUUGAAAAAUAUAAGUGUUAUGUUAGAUCCCUGCCUGUGAUGAAAAUACACUCAGAAUAUAGGUAUGACUUUACAAUAUCUAUUCCUGUCUGUAUCACUAAUGGCAGAAGCCAUGUUUCUAAAUGAUUGGACUGACAGGUCUAUGGCUUCUACUUACUUGUAUUAUUUUACAUUAAAAACCUGAUGCAGCUGUAUGCAGCAGGGAGAAAGAAAUGAAUAUCAAGUACAUGCUGAUAGGACUUGACUAGUUUUAUGUCAAAUACCUAAAGUAUAAUUGGCCAAUUGUGCUAUUUUAUACCAAUAUAGAAUCAAACAGGGUGCAGGUGACAAUAGAGCUCUAGAAAGGCUGCAACAGAUAUAACUAGAUAUAUCCUCACUGGCCUGCCAUAGAUAACCUUAUCAUCUAGCUGGUGAUUGAACCAUGCCCUGCUCCAGCAAAUCUGCAGAUAAUCUCCUUACUGAGGGAACCUAAAUUUACCUUGCAUGUUCAAACUAAACCCAGAACACCUAAUGGGUUGACAUGCUGAUGUGCUUGUAAAAUGGCCAUAUUUGUCAGUCCACAUAAAUAUAUAUAUAUUUUUAUAGAUCCAGCAAUCAUACACUUAAAGGACAGGUUUCCUUUGUGAUAAAAACUCCCCAGCAUUGAUUCCCACCCUACUGGCCAUUCCUCCCUAGUAGACUCAACCCCCUCCACCACAACCUUGCCUGCACAGUAGCUUCCCAUAGACUUGAAUGGACGGUACCCUUACUAUUGGAAUAAGGUUCUAUUGAAGUCUAUUGGAAGUUACUGUGCGCACACCAACAGCAUGGGCCAAUAUUUCUGCACCAAGGCUGUAAACC